CUCGGUCCAGCAUUGUUGUAGAAUAAUGGAUAGAGAAUCUAAAUGGAACUAGCAUAUCACACUACAAGAUAUAAAAUUCCAUGUUGAUAUACCAAGCCGUAUUUUGGGGGAAAUAAGAAAUAUAAAAGUGUACUUUUAAAAGGGAGAUUGAGUAUACACGGUGUUAAAAGGCAGAGUACAUAACUCGGAAUAUUGCGUUGUAAACACAAUGUACAUUAAUGAUGUAAUAUAAAACGCUGUAGUGUAGUUUAUUAUGUAUUUCUUUCCUUUUGAGAUGUGAACAGAUACUUACAUAAGUCAAAAGGUAUUUACGGAUAUAAAGUACGCGUCAUGUUUCAAUAUGUAAAUUGGGAUCUCGUAAAGAGAUAAACACAAGAGAAUUUCACUUCCUGCCAUACUACCUGUGUGUGCGGGUUACCACAGAGUGAUUGUACAAGUUAUUGCACGGUUUCUAUCCUUAAUCUAAUAGUUGUUUUCCAUAACCGUCAAACGACUGAGACUUGGAUUGUCAAGGUUUCACGACUAAUAGUCGCCAUGUUACAAAUAGUUCUUUUAGUUGGAUCAGUAUUCUUAUUGUGUGUACGAUCUGUGAUAACGGCGAAUAAUAAUUGCACAGUGAUCGAAUAUACCGACGAAAUCCCAAACGACAUUCCGAACGGGGCAAUUUGUGUGAAAAUAAAUGUUGUAGGAAAGGACUUAAACGUUUCAGCGACGAACUUCACAGGAAGCGGAUGGGAUGGCCUACAGAUAAUUGAAUUAAAUAUUGAUGUUUAUUCCUUGCACACGUUUUACUUUAACACUGGGUGUUUUCGUUCACUAAUUCGAUUACAAGAAUUGCACAUUCAUGGAGAAAUAGACUUCUUGAAUCCUUUUCUUGAAGGCCUUAGCGACACAGUUCGUGUUUUGGACUUUGCGAACUGUGAACGUUUUAAAAACGGUGAUCUGCAAACGUAUAUAAUAGAGGCAAACAUAACACCAGCUUUAGAAGAAUUUUACUUGAGUGGACCAAAACACAAAGAUUCAGUGUUUUACUUAACUAACGAAUUUUACAAGUUCAUAGGAAACCGACCGCUGAAAAUAUUGUAUUUAGAAAGACUGCAGAUUGAUACAUUAGACAUUAGUGCACUGUUGGACAACUGCCAUAAUGUUGUUAGUAGUCAGUCUAGAAAAGACACUGGUGAAUAAUGUACAAUAUGACUACGUAUUUGGAAGAACAUGUUCGCAUCUCCAGACAUUGAACGUAAAUGCAAUUCAAUUACCAAGUAAAACAAUGGGAUUUUGUAAAGAAAAAGGAAGCUGUGUUAAUCAGACCUUUUCUGUUCCGAAUAUCGAUAUAUUUUUUAUCCCGCUGAUAUCAAUAACCAGCUUUUCCAUGAAAAGGUUUUGUUUACAAAUGUAUAACCCCCUUUGGGAAGAUUGUCAUAUAAAUCUUGUCACCAACUUGCAGUCAAAUCUGAGGAACCUAUAUUUGGAUGACACACAUUUUUCUAGGAUCGACCUAGACUUUACUGUUAAUGGAAACGCUAAUGUAUUGGACAAAUUGGAACUGUUUUCGAUACAACGGUCAUAUGUUGAGUAUAUUAAUCCCAAAUCGUUACGAAUCUUUAAAGGAUUACGUCAUCUGCUUCUUUCAGACAACAAUCUAGGACAAAUGGCGAAGUCAAACAAACCAAUCUUUGAAUCUCUGUUGACACACAACCCUAGUGUUGAAACAAUAGAUCUAGCGCGAAACAACAUUGUUUCAAUCCCUAAUAAUUUCUUCAACAACACCAAUUAUAUGAAGCACAUUUCAUUAUCUGGAAAUAGUAUAAGUCAGAUCACCUUUAACAUUAAAAGUAUGGGCGAAAUAGAGAUUCUUGAUUUAUCGCACAACAGCAUCACCAGCCUAAAUCAAAAGUCACGUGAUUAUAUCAGUUCGAAUAUGUCACCAAAUUUUUCAGUUUUACUGGAUGGUAACCCUUUGUCUUGUGCUGUCUGCGAGGACUAUGAAUUUAUUCAGUGGCUCUUACUGGACUCGACUCCUGUUCACAAUAUCCAGAAUCUAACAUGUCGCAAUCAGACUCUGGAAAACGAGCAAAUUACAGAUAUGACACUGAAUAAACUUAAAAAAAUGUGUGACGAACCUCUUGAACGACGUAAUUUGAUCAUAGUAUCAAUUGUUGCUCCAGUUGUGUCACUUACAGUAGUAGUAAUUGUUGCUGUAACAAUUAGCCGAUGCGUUAAACAAAUGAAUAACAUGCGAAAGAUUAAAAAGGCGGAAGGUUUACUACAGCGCGGCACCGAUGCUUAUGAAUUUGCGGCGUUUCUGGCAUUUUGUAGUAAUGACGAGCAUUUUGUUUACCAUCAUGUUAAGCCGAACCUUGAAGAAGCAUUGAAGAGCCGCCUAUCAACACAAAGGGAACUUGUAUGUAUUGGUGACAAUCACUUCAACUUUGGAAAAGCCAUAUUGGAUGAAAGUGUAAGAUGCAUUCGUCGUUCAUCUUUGGUGAUCUGUUUAUUGUCCGAUGCCUUUUUUAUGAGCGACUAUUGCCUUACAGAAUUUCAGCAAGCGCAUCAUAUGGAUAAGCGAAUAAUAUUUUUUGUCAAAGGUCAGAUUGACGAAAGUAUGCUGACCCCUGGGAUGGAGGUCUUGUAUCGCAACCAGGCACGCGUGUUGUGGUCUGAAGAUGACAAUAGAGAAUAUAUCAUGAAAACUACGUGGGAUAAAGUAAGCGACUCGAUUGUGGAACUCAUUGCGGAUACACUAUAACGGACGUGGUUCGCCUCUGAAAAUCUAUUUCAAUUUCAAAUGUAUUUCCGCUAAUGUAAUCAGUGUGGUAGUCCAUGUUUAAUGUAUAGAACAUAAUAUCAACGCCGGUAUUUAAUUCACAGUUAUUAAAGAUGUGAACACAUGUAUUACAAAGUGACCGCACUAUAAAAACGUCGACGGAUUGUUUUUGGUGCUGACAUUUCGCCGCGUUCAUUAAUUGAAGUCAAUAUAACAUCAUUAUGUACCGUGGUUUAUUCGGAUGGGUGGGGUGGGGGCGUGGGGUGGCGGAUGUUAUGCUAUAUUUUAAUUAUUAACAAUUGCAAUUAUCAUCUAUCUUUAUUUGUUGGUUAUGAACCGAAACAUAUGAAUUAUAUAUCACAUAUUUAAGAGAAACUGAUUUUAAUAUUUAAAAGAAUUGUUCAACAAUAUAAAAUGUGUCAGCUAACAUUGGAUGACUCUAGUUAAAAACUGAUUUUACUAUUUAAGAGACUUGUUUAACAAUAUAACAGAUGUCAGCAGCAAUUGGUUUACUCUUUUUGCUUAGACAUUGUUCAGAUAUACAUAUAUGGUCACGAGCGAAUGUAUAUGCAAACCAUGCCAGCAGAAACUCAAACAUAUUGAAAUAAUGUACAGGUUAUCAUAUAUACAAAUAGCUUACUUUGUGAAGACUUGCUAGCUUUGUUAUUUGAAAUAAUGAGUGCUUUUACAAAUAUUCCUUUUGGUGGCAUGAUGUGAAGCAAGCGUCUUCUAUACAUUGGUACCAACAUAUUAAUGUAACGCGUGGUUGGUGAUUAAAACCUGAGCGUUUUCAUUGUAUACAGGUUUAUAGCAGCUUUAUAUGUAACUGAUUUAUAUGGUUGGCGUUACAAGGUAUUUUAAUAUGUUGAUAAUACUGUAUACCGUUAUGUAAUUUGAAAUGAAUCGCAUUUAUGUGUACAUGUAUUUAAACUAAUAGGAUGUGUUUGUUCCUUAGUUAACUUUUUAUUGUCGAGUUUCUUGUUUAAUAGUGUGAAGGAAUAUUCUUGUAUAAAAUAUAGUUUGGCGAAAAUGACUAUUGAAUUUGUGUAACACAUUCUGUAUAUAUGUACUUUUGUCCCCAAAUAUUUUGUUGACGGUGUGGAACACAACAUGCAUCUCUGUUAAUAUAUGUAAUGUAUUUUAGAAGUAUUUACCAUUAUAAUAAACGCUGAGUAUAUUGAUCGAAAACUAUAUUUAAUAGUUCAUAAAAAAUUGUGUGUCUGCAAAUAAGACGAGUACAGACUGUUCGAUCGUAAAAGCAACCAUAUAGUUGAACACACGCUCUUAACGCACGUGCACCACAUGUAUUACACAAGUAUCACAUGCACCACAUGUAUUACACAAGUAUCACAUACACCACAUAUAUUACACAAGUGUCACAUGCACCACAUAUAUUACACAAGUAUCACAUGCACCACAUGUAUUACACAAGUAUCAAAUGCACCACAUGUAUUACACAAGUAUCACAUGCACCACAUGUAUUACACAAGUAUCACAUGCACCACAUGUAUUUCACAAGUAUCACAUCACACACAACAAACGUCAGCUUUGCUUUCAACAUUAAUUCCACUGACAUGUUAAUAAACAUUUUGGCAACGAUUUAAACAUGGAUUUGAAGGCAUUACCUCUAACUUUCAGUGAAAUUAACUGUGUGUUGAAUAUCAUUGAAAAUAAAUAGAAAAUAUAUGAUAUGGGAUGAUGAUGAUAUCGACAUAGGAAAGCCUAGGCUUUCCUGCCGAUCAUCUUAGAAGUAUUGUCUCCCCUGGCAUAGAAUUUUCCAUUAAAGAAGCAUCUUUCCAAACAAUUUUCUCUUUGUUCGCGGACUAUGCAGCCUGAAUUGAAUAUCAUUCUGCAAAAUAUUAAUUACUAAAAUAAAUCGACAAUAAAUGUCGUGUUCAAUAAAUUUACGUAUUCUAUUCAGAUUGUUUUAGACCCGUGUUUUCGGAAAUCAUGUUUUUAUUAUACAAACAACAGUUUCAAUGUAAAUAACUGUAUUUAUGUAUAAAUGUCGAUUGUACGAAAUGUAUAUGCGUCGAUAUGCUAAAAUGUUCUGACCUAUAUGCUUUUGGGGUUGAAAAGUUUACGUCUGGUACAUAAUGCAAUUGCUUUAAAUAGUGAAUGAUUUUAAAGAAAAAAAAUUAAGUCACGUGUGAAAUCAUGCUCAUAUUUUAAGAAUGAUUUGGGUUAUGCGGUUGGACUGAAGCAAGGUGAGGUAGUGUCCCCGAUUUUGUUUUGUUCGUUUUCUUUGUGUGUUAUUAUUAUUUUACAAAAUGAAGUAUAUUUAUUUAUAUAUAGAUAGAUUCCAAUAUUAUUAAACCCUGAAUUAAUUUCUAAUAUUAUUAAACGCUGAAUUAACUAUGUGCGUACUGCGAAAUGCUAUUUUCGCCACUCUCGUCUUGCGCCGCACGAUUCCAACAACGUAUCUAAUGAGAGCGUUGUGUGGCUUUUGGGUACACAUGUGUGGCAAGUGGAAAUAAGUAUGUCUUAUACGGAUCUAUAUGUAUGGGGAAUAUAUUUGAUAGGUCGUUUGACUCAAAUUCUGUUCAUAUUUUAUGCGUUAUUGUAUUAUAUAUGUUAUAUUCGUGUUAUUGUCUUGUAAAAUAAACUGAAUAUUUCUAUU